GCCACAGAUUGCCGUCAGUGUUAUUUUAUUUUUCGUCGGCAAGAGUUGGUAAUUUAUCCGAAAACUUAAGGCUGGGUCACGGUGCGUUUGUGAGGUGGUCAUUGGCUGCAGUGUUAAUGCGUAAAUAUUUGCGUUGCGAAUUUUGUUCUGUUGUUUUCUACUCGGUUGUAAGUGCAAGUUUUUACACGAAUGGUACGCAAACUUUUCAGCCAUAGUGUUCUGUCGACGACAUGUGAGAAAAGAAAACAAACGUAAAUUUUAAAUCACAGAAUGUAACAUCGAAAUGGCAUCGGCAAUAGAACAACAAGAUGAUGAUGAUACGUGUUCUGAGGCGAGCAGCGCAGUACACAAUGGUUCAGUGAUUUCUACAGUUCCUGAUCGUCACGGAUUUCUUGGAGGUUCGCAGUACACACCUGAUCCGAAAUUGACUGUUCCUCCAAGUGUCAUACUUCGCCGUGAAAGAAAAUGGCUGCGCAUGCUCAACAAUUGGGAGAAAAUGAUGAACAAACACUAUAGGAAGGUGAGAGAACGCUGUCGCAAAGGUAUCCCUCCAUCAGUCAGACCACGUGCCUGGCUCUAUCUUUGUGGUGGCAAACUAGUUCAAGAUCAGUGUCGAGAGCAAUAUGCAGCCCUCAUUAAACAAGAAGGAGAUCCUAAGUGGGUUGAUGAUAUACGCAAAGACCUUCAUCGGCAGUUUCCAUACCAUGAGAUGUUUGUUGACCAGAAUGGACUUGGGCAGCAAGAACUGUUCCAAGUACUGAAGGCAUACUCAAUCAUGAACAAAACUGUUGGCUACUGCCAGGCACAAGCUCCAAUCGCAGCUUUCCUGCUAAUGCACAUGCCAGCUGAACAAGCAUUUUGGUGUCUAGUCUCCAUUUGUGACAAGUACCUUGUGGGCUACUACAGUCAAGGAAUGGAAACACUGCAGCUAGAUGGUGAAAUUUUGUUUGGACUACUUAAAAAAGUUUCUCCAAGUGUUUAUAAACACAUAAAAAAGCAAAAAAUUGAACCUAUUUUAUACAUGACUGAAUGGUUUCUUUGUGUGUUUACAAGAACACUUCCAUGGGACACAAUCCUUAGGGUGUGGGAUAUGUUCUUGUGUGAAGGGGUUAAGGUGAUCUUCAAGACUGCACUUGUACUUUUGAAAUUCAGUCUUGGAAGACCAGGUGUUAUAAAAAGUUGCCCAACUAUGUACGAAACCUUGGAAGUACUACGCAAUCCACCAAUUGAAGUCGUGGAAGAAGAAUUUAUGAUCAGCCAGAUACUGCGCUUGAAUCUUUCUGAAGAAGAUUUUGAUUAUGAGCACAGGCGACAGUUGGCAAAAAGGCGUGCAAGUCAAGAGAAUGGUCACAAAAGCAAGAGAUAACAAGAAACUGCAGUACCAGAAAAGACAAACUCUUUUUAAAGUUUUUCAUGUAAAAUGUGCAAUGCUGCAUGAAAUGUAAAUGCUGCAUUCAUUCUCAAGGUGAACCACAUUUUUCACGUAUUCUAGUGCAGUCCUUAUUUUUUGAUAAUGAUAUACUCAGUAUUGCUUCACAGUUUUUUGGUCCUUUUAGAAGUAUGAUCCUAAAAGCAAAAAAAGUGUGAAGUUGAAUAAUGAAUCUCUCCUCUUUGCUCUAAACCAUUGUUUCUCAUCAAAAUCACAUGCUCCAAACUAAGGUUCUGUGUAAAUUAUAAAAAAGUAGUUUUGUAGUGUGGUACUGUGAAAUAUGUUAUGGAGUAUAAAGCACAAAACACUCAUUAUUAGAGUUUGCAGCUAUGUACUUUUGUAAAAUUGCAAGAUGCGGGAAAAUGUGCAUUGUGCACAGAGGUUUAGAAACUGUUGACUUGUGAAUUGUUAAACAUUGCUGUAUUUAAAAUUAUGUGAGAGUGAGUUGUCUAUUAAUGUUUUCCUUGAAACAAGACAGAAUUAUAGGGUCAUAUCAGUCACAGAUUAGAGGAAGACAGAUAACGCAAAUUAAAUUUUAAAAUACUUCUCACGUACCGUGGUUUGUUCAUGACUAUUCAGGUACUUCCAUAAGUUCAAUAUGGUACGCACAGCAUAACACAAAAAAGAUCUUUCUGAGUACCUGCUCUAAAUUUCGCUGUUUUUUUAAAUAAAUACAAUGAACCAAUAAAGUUUGGUUGCUUUUCUCCUGGAUUAAAUUUUAAGUUAUGUUCAAAAUAUUACUGUGUUCCUAAGAAGAUAGUUGUGCUACAUGUAGAGUGAAGGUUGAAGAGCAGAGCUCAAACAAAAAUUGCUGUGCACCUGCUUAGAACUAUGUGUAAACAAUCAAAAAACUUAUUAAUUCUGUACUACUUACUCUAUUCUGUGCCUUAAUGAAGAAAGACUGUACAAUGCAGGUUUUAUAAAAUGUUUUUAAAUCCAUUUAUAUAUAGUUAGAGGUUUGGAGUGUUCACAGCAUUAAGCAAUGGUGGAAAAUUUUGAGAAGGUUCAAUGUGCAGCUGAUUGAUACAACUUAUACCAGGACAUCAAACUUAGUUUUUUAUUAAUUAAAAUUAUUCAGAACAGGAAGAUCAGAAAAAAGAUGGACAGGAGCUUCAUUCUGUCUUUAAUCAUUUCUUUAGUUAAGCCAAAGUGUUACUUGCCAUUACUUUUGUGAAAGGAAUAAAUUUUUUUUAUUGACAUUGUACGAAGUUGGAUGUUGAAAUGUCUUUGCAUAACAACAAGAGCUUCAAUAAACAUCAGAAGUGUAUGAAGACAUGAUUUAUUUAAAAAAAAAUCAUUUUAAGCAGUGUUUUAAGAUAUACAGCUGAGGUUAUAUUCCUAAGUUAAAUAUAUUUGCUGUAAUUUUUAACAAUAUAAUCACUUUCUUUACCAAGUACUGAUGUUCUAAUGAACAGAUUUCGGAUUUGAGUGGGAAACAAGUUUUGAACACUUCCAAAUCCUCAGAAGUAUUAUAGAAUUGUAUUAUUGAAUGUGUAUCAGAUGCAAAGUGAUGUUUAUGGCAGCAUUAUUUCUAUUUUUGAUACUCAAAAGUUUAGAGGUGUGUCUUCCCUUGACAUAAAUGACCUUUGUUACAUAUCGUUCCACGAAAAACAAAUUUAUGAAAGUAGCUGCUGUUAUGUGUGUAGAAUAUACUGGUGCUUUUUUUAUGUGACACACAAUUAGCCAAAGCAAGUGUACCUAUUGAAUUUUAUUUUCAUUUUGUUAAAAUCAUUUACUUUCCAGAUAAGUAUGUAUCUUUAUUCAAAAUACUUGUAUUAGUUAAUUUAUUUAUUACAGAAAAUAUUAUAUUCUUGCACUUGUUGUUUUGUGUGCACAGAAAUAUAAUUGUGUACAUAGAUAGCACAGUAUAAUGUGUUCUGUGUAUAUAUUGCAAUGAUCAAUGUUUUGUAGUUUAAAUUUUCAUAGUAUACAUUCUUCUAUUUGCAUUUAUCUACAGUAUUACUUCGCUGUAGGCAACAGACAUUUGAAUAUUAUUUGAUUUGACUGUUCUAUUUUUAAAUAGCAUAUACUACGAAAAAAUAUUGUCCAAAAUGC